AUGCUGAAGUAUAAUUUCUUGGCGAUUCCUCAGAAAACAACGAAUGAAGUUGACCUUGCAACUCCAUUGGCAUCUUAUAUUGAUUCUGUUUAUAACACGAAUGACGAUAACAAACCUGAAAUCACAGAAGCAGUACAAGAACUGAAUAAGCUCAGGUCUAGAGCAGUUGUACAACCUCUCGAUCGUCAUCAAUCCGGUUUAGAUGUGAUAACAAGAUACUAUGAUCAGCUUGUUGCAAUUGAGAACAAAAUCGUCAUUUCUCCAACUCAGAAUCCCGUAGUAUUCAAAUGGAGAGACGCUUUCUAUAAAGGAGGAUUGUUUAGUAAGGCUGCUUCACUCUCUAUUGCUGAUGGGGCUUUUGAACGAGGAUGCGUUCUUUUCAAUUGUGGAUCUCUUUAUUCUCAAGUUGCUGCUGAUCAACCCAUGAACACGGAUGAUGAAAUGAAAACUGCUGCGAAACUGUUCCAACAAGCUGCUGGAGUUUUUGCUCAACUUCGAGAUACAAUAUUCAGCUUAGUUCAACAAGAUCCUACUCCAGAUCUUUCACCCGAAACUCUUUCCUGUUUGGUUCCUCUACUUAUCGCCCAAGCUCAGGAAUGUAUUUACAUUAAAGCAUCAAAAGAUAAUAUGAAGCCUGGAGCUUUAGCCAAAAUUGCCGCUUAUGUCAGUGAUAUGUACACAGAUGCACAUAAAGCCAUGACCAAAGAUGCUGUCCGAGGCAUAUGGGAGAAGGAAUGGACCGCAACAGUAAAUGGCAAAUCCUUAGCUUAUCAAGCCUUAAUGCACUACCAUCAAGGAGCUUUAGAUAGAGAAGAAAACAAGAUAGGAUCUCAAAUUUCCCGAUUAACGGAGUCUCUAAAAAUAAUUGAAAUUUCUAAAAAGUAUUUCUCAUCCGAAUUCCUGGACACUUCUAUGAAGAAUGUACAACAAGCUCUGAAAGGUGCUCAAAAGGAUAAUGAGUUCAUUUACCAUGACAAAGUUCCUGAUUUUAAAAAUCUGCCUGCUGUUCCUCGUGCAGCUCUUGCCAAAGCUUUGCCACUCUCUCUUCCACUUUCGCCACGAUUCAAAGAUAUGUUUGUCAAUCUUGUUCCUGUGCAAGUGUUAAAUGCUAUGCAAGCCUAUCAAGGACGUAAAGGAGAAAUUGUUAAUCUGGAAUCUGGUCGUCUCAGAGAACAUACUCAACUUCUCAAUGGAAUUCUUGCAUCGCUCAACUUACCUGCUGCCUUAGAUGACAUGAUCAGUUCUGAUACUCUUCCAGAAUCAAUCAAAGAGAAAUCUUCUAAGGUAAAACAGUCGGGAGGACAUUCCGAACUGUUACGAUUGUUCAAUGAUCUGCCCUCACUGUUCAAGAGAAAUCAGGAAAUUUUAGAUGAGACUAACAAAUCUCUUACCGAGGAGAAGGAAUCCGAUGACAACCUACGUAGACAAUUUGGGACAAAGUGGUCUAGAAUGAGUAGCGAUCAGUUAACCAGUCCCUUAAUCCAGGAAAUCGGAAAGUAUAGAGGUAUCAUGCAUACGGCCUCUAAUGCCGAUAAGAUGGUUCGUGAAAAAUUCGAUGCAAAUAGUUCUGCCAUAGAAAUGCUUAGUAAAAGCGAGCCUGAGUUGAAAUCUUGCAUUCCUGGACAACAAUCGGAUUCUGUUCAUGGCACUUCAGAGGCUGUUCAGAAGCUGAGAAACUUGAUGAAUCAAGUGCAGGGCAUCAAGAAUACACGUGAAAGCAUUGAAAAGGAUUUGAAAUCAACUGACUGUAAUAUUGCCAACGAUUUCAUGAAAGCUUUGUCAGAGAGUCAGUUAUUGAAUGAAGAGAGCAUCUCCAAGGAAAAAAUCAAUCAGCUGUUCAGCCCUCUGAAGGAAAAGGUUAAUGCCUCUAUCAAAGAACAAGAAAACGUUCUUGCAGAAGUUGAGAAAUGGAACAAUGUCUUUUCCAAAGAGAAGUCUGGCAAUGCUAGUGGCGCGGAACGAGAAAGAAUUCUCAAGCAGUUGGCUGCAGGAUUCGAUGUAUUCAAUGAGUUGAAAUCAAACUUGGAAGAAGGGACGAAGUUCUACAACGAUCUAACACCUAUCCUUGUUCGUCUUCAACAAAAAGUCAACGACUUCGUUUUCGCUAGACAAACUGAAAAAGAAGAUCUCAUGAAACAAGUUCAACAGAAUAUUGUUUCUGGUGGUGCUCCUACAUCUGCUGUUCCUCCACCAAGACCUCCCCCACCUAGACCUCAGAAUCCCACCACUCCUACUGUACCGCCUAGAGGCCAAAGUACUGGUGCUCCUUCUGCUCCUGCCACUGCUCCACAAGUAGGCAAUAGUGGAGACGCAAAUUUCAAUCAGAAUAACUUCAUGCCACCAACUCCACAACAGCCACCUUACUUCCAACAACAAUUUCCUUAUGGACAACCACAGCCUUAUUAUGCUCCUCCACCACAGUACAACUAUCCAACUUACCCUGGAGCGUUCCAAAAUCAGUAUAAUCAAGGAUAUGGACAGUUCCCGCCUAUGCCUAACUACGGAAAUCAAAUGCCACCCCAACAGUAUCAACAGCCCCCAGCAGGUGUUCCUCCACAGCAAAACCCAACCAACCCGUUUUACCAACAAUAA